UCUAUAAACCUUAAAAACGCAUAUUACCCAACCUCGUAGGAUCCGUGAUAUGCGAUCUUCUUAUCUAUAAAUGGCGCCGCUCAAUUUGUCGCCACUCAAAUUCCAAACCGAUACGCUUAUGCUACAAGCAUCCAUACCACCGCUCUUUUCCAGAGCUCUCUUCAAAUCCAUAUCAACCACCAUCACCAUGUCUCUUCAAUCCACUUCUAAACCCAUCAAAUCUCGCCUCAGGGGAGUGGUUUUUGACAUGGACGGAACCCUUACAGUCCCCGUAAUUGAUUUUCCGGCCAUGUACAAAGCCGUCCUCGGCGAAGAUCAGUACCUUUCCAUCAAAUCCGCUUCCCCUUCUGGCAUCGACAUUUUGCAUCAUAUCGAACAAUGGGAACCUUCCAAGCAACAGAAAGCUUACGAAGUUAUUGCCGAUUUUGAGCGCCAGGGGCUCGAUCGACUCCAGGUUAUGCCGGGUGCUGCAGAACUUUGCGGGUUCCUUAAUUCGAGGAAUAUCAGAAGGGGACUAAUAACUCGUAAUGUCAAAUUAGCUGUUGAUUUGUUUCAUGAACGAUUUGGGAUGUCAUUUUCUCCAGCAUUGAGCAGAGAAUUUCGACCUUAUAAACCAGAUCCAGCUCCCCUGCUUCAUAUAUGUUCAACAUGGGAAGUUGAACCUCAUGAAGUGAUGAUGAUUGGAGAUAGCUUGAAGGAUGAUGUGGCUUGUGGGAAAAGGGCAGGAGCGUAUACAUGUUUGCUUGAUGAAACAGGAAGGUAUGAUUCUCCUGAAUAUGCUAAUGUUGAACAUAAACCAGAUUACAAGGUAUCCUCUCUUGAUCAAGUGCAUUCACUAUUGGAGUCAAACUUUGACUUAACGCCUUGACUAUUGGAGACUUUAUUUAGUUUUUAAGGGAAGUGCCUUUCAUGAUUUGGAUAUAAAACCAGAAUGAGAGGCUUCAGUUGUUCAAGAUUUUUGUGGGUAGAAGAAGCAUUGAAUUGAUGUUGGCUCUUAAGAUUGUUUUAAGUGUUUGUGAAAGAAAUAGAUUAGUUCACAUUUUGUUAUAUGGGCUUUUUUGUGGUGGUGUUUCAAGCCAAAACAAUGGGAAUGUUGUAUAUUUUUUGUAAACUGGUUUGACUUUUGACCCAAGUCAACAAGUCAACGUUGCUCUUUCUUUCUUUAAUUAGAAUUAGAUCGUUGUUAGUUUGCUAA